UUCCCUUUUUUUUUCCUCCCUUCCUUUUCCCCUUCUCUCCUAGUAUUGACAAUAACAAGCGGAGCUCCUCGCCCGGCGGCCCUCCUUCCCCUCUGCGGGCCGCGAAAGAGGCGGGGAAGGGGGAAGCGGAGCUCUCCGAGGCCGGGCGUGAGAAAGAGAGAGAGAGAGAAGGGGGGCGGCCCCCGGGCGGGAGAGACCGAGAGGACCCUCUCUCCCCCCACCCCUCUGCCCGUUUGAGGAAAAAGGGGGCAGACGUAGGCGGGGUUGGUCAAGGAAGGGGAGCAGGCCCGUCGACAUAAGCCAGCGCCAGAGGGAAAACGUCCCCCCCUCCCCGAAAGGCGAAGGGGAGAGCGAGAGAGAGAGAGAGAGUCGGACGGGGGGCUUCCCUCCCAGAAGAAGAGGAGGAAAAAAGGGGGGACGAGGAAGAGGAGGAGAAGGCCUCGCCCGGCGUCGUCCCUUUGGGCUUCAUUACCCCCCUUCCCCCGCUACUCCCGACCUCCAGGCAGCGUCGACCUUUCGUAACACCCAGCUCUGCUCCCGCCCCUCUCUGCGUGCCUGUCACACCAGGAGGAUUUGAUGCCCUUCAGCCUGCUCACCUCUGUGGUGUUCAUGUUUCCCACAGGUUUCUCUUCCCCCAACCCCCCAGCAGCAGCGGCGGCUCAGGAGGUCAGACCUGCCACGGAUGGUAGCAGCAGCAGUGGCUCUUCCUCCUCCUCUGCCACCAAGAAGAGAAAGCUGAACAGCAGCAGCAACAGCGGUGAGAGAGAAGACGUGGACUCCAUCUCCUCCUGUGCGUCCCUCCUGUCUCGCAACAGCGGUUCCUCCUUGCCCGCUCUCAUUAUCACCGCCUCCACGGCCUCCUGUUCCUCCUCCUCCUCCUCUUCCUCAGGGCUUGCUUCUUCCAACCACCACCUGCAAAAGAAGCUGCGUUUCGAGGACUCCUUGGAUUUUAUCGGACUGGAUGUGAAGAUGGCCGAGGAGUCGUCCUCUUCGUCGUCGUCCUCAUCGCCGGCUGCGUCUUCGCAGCAGCACCAGCAGCUCAAAAACAAAAGCCUCUUAAUCUCCUCAGUAGCGGUGGGACACCAUGCCAACGGCCUGACCAAAGCUGCCUCCUCCACUGUCUCCAGUUUUGCAAACAGUAAACCUGGGUCAGCCAAGAAGUUAGUGAUCAAGAACUUUAAAGAUAAACCUAAACUGCCUGAAAAUUAUACGGAUGAAACCUGGCAAAAACUGAAAGAAGCUGUAGAAGCAAUUCAGAACAGUACUUCAAUUAAAUACAACUUAGAAGAGCUUUACCAGGCUGUUGAAAACCUUUGCUCCUACAAAAUUUCUGCAAAUUUGUACAAGCAAUUAAGGCAGAUUUGUGAAGACCAUAUCAAAGCACAGAUCCAUCAGUUCAGAGAGGAUUCGUUGGACAGUGUUCUUUUUCUUAAGAAAAUAGACAAAUGUUGGCAAGACCAUUGCAGACAGAUGAUAAUGAUUAGAAGCAUCUUUUUGUUCCUGGAUCGAACUUACGUUCUCCAAAAUUCAAUGCUGCCAUCAAUUUGGGAUAUGGGGCUGGAAUUGUUUAGGACUCAUAUAAUUAGCGAUCAGAAAGUCCAGAACAAAACUAUCGAUGGCAUUCUUCUCUUGAUCGAGAGGGAAAGAAACGGAGAGGCUAUUGACAGGAGUCUGCUCCGUAGCCUCCUAAGCAUGCUUUCAGAUUUGCAAAUUUAUCAGGAUUCUUUCGAGCACAGAUUCUUGGAAGAAACAAACCGUCUCUAUGCCGCAGAAGGACAGCGGCUUAUGCAAGAAAGAGAGGUCCCUGAAUAUCUUCAUCAUGUCAACAAACGCUUGGAAGAAGAGGCAGACAGGAUUAUAACGUACCUGGAUCAAAGCACUCAGAAACCACUAAUCGCUACUGUAGAAAAACAGUUGCUGGGGGAACAUUUAACAUCCAUCCUACAGAAAGGUUUAAAUCAUCUCCUGGAUGAAAAUCGAAUUCAAGAUUUGUCACUACUCUAUCAGUUGUUCAGCCGGGUCAAAAAUGGAGUACAGGCUCUUUUGCAACAGUGGAUUGAAUACAUAAAGGCAUUUGGUAGCACCAUUGUCAUUAAUCCAGAAAAGGACAAGACCAUGGUCCAGGAGCUGCUAGAUUUCAAGGAUAAAGUGGAUCACAUCAUCGACAUCUGUUUCUUGAAAAACGAGAAGUUUGUCAACGCCAUGAAAGAAGCUUUUGAAACCUUCAUCAACAAAAGACCCAAUAAACCAGCUGAACUCAUAGCUAAAUACGUGGAUUCAAAACUUCGCGCGGGCAACAAAGAAGCGACCGAUGAAGAGCUUGAAAAAAUGCUGGAUAAAAUAAUGAUCAUAUUUAGAUUCAUCUAUGGAAAAGAUGUUUUUGAGGCCUUUUACAAAAAAGAUCUCGCCAAGCGACUCCUGGUAGGCAAGAGUGCAUCUGUAGAUGCUGAAAAAUCCAUGCUGUCAAAACUCAAACAUGAAUGUGGCGCUGCUUUCACCAGCAAACUUGAAGGAAUGUUUAAGGACAUGGAGCUCUCUAAAGACAUAAUGAUACAGUUUAAGCAAUAUAUGCAAAAUCAGAAUGUACCUGGCAACAUUGAACUCACUGUCAAUAUCUUGACCAUGGGAUACUGGCCUACAUACGUGCCUAUGGAGGUCCAUCUACCAUCAGAGAUGGUGAAGCUGCAGGAAAUAUUUAAGACUUUUUAUCUGGGAAAACACAGUGGCAGGAAACUUCAGUGGCAAUCAACAUUGGGACACUGUGUAUUGAAAGCAGAAUUUAAAGAGGGCAAGAAAGAGCUCCAGGUGUCCUUGUUCCAGACUUUAGUGCUACUUAUGUUUAACGAAGGCGAAGAAUUCAGUUUAGAAGAAAUAAAACAAGCGACUGGAAUAGAGGACGGAGAGCUAAGGAGAACCCUCCAGUCAUUAGCCUGCGGCAAGGCCCGAGUCCUGGCCAAAAGUCCCAAAGGCAAAGACGUAGAAGAUGGAGACAAAUUCACUUGCAAUGACGACUUCAGGCAUAAACUCUUCCGGAUAAAAAUCAACCAGAUCCAGAUGAAAGAAACGGUAGAAGAACAAGCGAGCACUACAGAGAGAGUCUUUCAGGAUCGUCAGUACCAAAUUGAUGCUGCCAUUGUGAGAAUCAUGAAGAUGCGCAAGACACUUACCCACAAUCUGCUUGUCUCCGAAGUAUACAACCAGCUGAAAUUCCCAGUAAAGCCUGCUGACCUUAAGAAGAGAAUAGAGUCGUUAAUUGACAGAGACUACAUGGAAAGGGACAAGGAGAAUCCCAAUCAGUACAACUACAUUGCAUAAACAAACACACAAUGGGCCUUUUUUUUUUUUUUUUCCUUUUCUGCACACCGAUGUUCUUGGUUACUGAUGGAUAAACAAGCCUGUUGAUCCCAUUAAAUUAACCUUUUUUCUACUACCAAUGACUGAAUGAAAAGCAACCUCUAAUGGGAUUGUGGGCAGAGGGGGGAAGAAAUAUAGUCGAGUGGUCUUUUUUUUUUUCCAGUGGCUUUACAUGCCCAGUUUAAAAGAGUAGUAUUUACAUUUUUACGAAGAAUGCUGUUGAACUCUUUGCAUGAUAUUUGAUAUGAACUGCGGAAGAUUGCAAGGAAGCAUCCAGUCUCUCUAAUUCCACCCUUUCCUUCAGGGCUAAAGGCACAGCCUCUCUUUUAGCACAUCGCUCUCAUCCCAUUUUGGAAAAGAAAAAAAAAAAACCUUAAAAUGUGUGGCGUUUUUAUUAAGCAAACAAAAAAAGCCCAAGUUGCAACCAUUUUUUUUUUUAAAAAAAGACGCUUAAACUGCAUGCAAAUUUCUAACCGCUAUACGAAAUAAUUGGGUUUGUUUAUUGGACAACAAAGCCUGUGUGGAUUGACAGCCUUCAGAUUGAAAAGCCGCGCUCGUAUUCCUAAACAUAACAAAAUUCUUCUGUAGGUGUUAGAAAGAAAAACACGCCACUGGAUUUUCCCAAGGUUCAGAAAAGGGACCGGCCUAAAAUGCUUGGAGUUGUGGUGUAAACAUUACUGUGAAAAGCUUGAGGGAAUUAGGCUGCUGUUCACUUCCUUCGUCCUCAAGUGUAAGUACUUUUAAAAAAAAGAAAACAAUUCAUGAUAUUGGAGUUAAUUGUGUGUGGAAGGGGGAGGGAUUUUAGAGGCUCAUUAUUUCAGAAACACUUCAUUAAUGAACAUCGGGGUGUAAUGUGAUAGCCGCACUGGAUGUUUAUUCCCUCCCCUGCAAUGCAAAAUUAGAGGUUUUAUACUUCUGCUGAAUUGCACAUGUUUUAUUAUUAGACCAAGAAUUGAAGAGGUAUUUCUAAAACAGCGCCUUUCCAUCCCAUCCAGCCACAGCCAAGAGGAGAGUUGUAGCCUAAACCAACAUUUCUCAAACUUGGCAGCUUUAAGAUGACUUUGCUGGCUGGGGAAUUCUGGAAGUUUUAAAAGUUGGCAAGUUUUUUUUUUUGUUUUUUUUUUAAACUGGCCUAAAUAAUGCCUCUGCUCUCUCUCUUCGCUGAGUCAUGCUGGAUUCUGGAGAGAAGGCGGAGGAGGCCAUUUCUAGACAGGCUGGAUUUGCCGAACAUGGUUUCCCAUCCUAUUCCCACCUGGUCCAGUUCUUGGGCUAGAAGUCCCAGACUUCCCCAGUCAACUAGCAGGGAAAGUCUUAAGAGCUGUUUAUCAGCUCUUCCAGUGUCUGUGAGUGUUCUUCAGGUGUGUCUAAUUCUACGAGAACAUCAGGGUGAUAUUAAAAAGCAACCUUCGUUGCUUUUAAUUUAUUACACCAAAUACGCAGGUAGCCCAAGUUGGGUUUUCCAUCAGGAGGCCCUGCACUGUUACCCGGGUGCAUGCAUCCCAUCCAAACUCCUGUUUUUAAUCGGACGCUUUCAAUACCAGGAUCCACAUUCAGUGGCCAUGUCCUCUCUGAACAGCUGGAUGCAGCGGCUAAUCAUAACUGGCCCUUUAGAGCUGAACUGGCAGGGUUUUUCUAUACCAUGUCCAACCCAGAAAACCUCUGGAUUGAAAAUUUACUCAGGCGUUAAGCCGCCACCUCCCUUCCUGGCACAGACCACUGUGGAAAUAUUUUGCUAACCACGACCUCCUUAACCCGGUCAAUUUAUGAAACUGAAUAUUUCCUACCUAAGAGCGACAUUUAAGUGCGAGUGUCUUACUUUUCAUGUAAGCUAGUUUAGCAAGCCAUCUUGCUGGCACAUCUGUGUUUAGGAACUCAGGGAGACAAGCACUCUUCAGUGAAAUUGGUUUCUUUUUUUUAAAUUAAAAACAAACCUUUUCUCCAAUCAUCGAGUGAUGCUGGGUUUCUUUUUCUCCCUUAAAGAGACUCCGUAAAAAGGAGAAAUGUUCAUAGUUAAGUCAGUUCGCCGAAUCAUUUUUCCCCAAGUGAUGCUGAAUAAUAGCAAUUUUUUUCAGCCAUAUCGGCCAGCAAUUUUUCUUUCCGCUGGCAUCAUGUGCCUGCUUUAUGGAGCCAUACAAAUAUUUAUAAUAGAUAUGUAUAUAAAACUUACUUUGACUUUUUCCCCCCCUAACGGGGGGCUAAAGCAGAGACCCACAGCUUGUCUGGACAUAAAUUUUUAAAAUCUUUUUUUUUUUUCCUGUUGCAUGCAGUUUAGAGCAGCCUCCUUUGUAUGAAAUCGGAAUUUCGGUUGAUUUUAGUUUGAAGGUUUUUUUUUAACAGACAAAAAAAAAAAACAACUUUAUAGCCAACAGAAUGAUUUUAUUUUUUGCUGAUUUACAUUUAAGCGACCACAUGGUUUCAAAAUGAAUGGCAAAGGUGUUGUACAAAAUUAUUUGUUCUAUAGUAUACACAAAGGUGCCAAAGUACGCAAUAGUUAAUUUAAAGAAAAUAGACAGUUGUUAACGUUACUUUAGCUGUGGUUUUAUUUACCUUUAUUCAUCAUUCAGAUGCUCAUUUUAUCUGUCUUAAUGCGUGCCCCAUUUCUGUGUGUUUAAUGUAUGCCUCCUGUCUCGAUUUCUCCAAAACGCAAAACAUUUUGUCUUUCUAAUUUUCUUCAAAAUAAAAAUGUGGGGUUAUUUUUGGUUUUGUGCAUUGGAAAAAUACCACUUUUACUUUUAGUGACUUCAUAUAUAUAUAUAAGAACAUCUCCUCCACCCCUCUAAAUGUUUAAAACUCUAGAAGAGAGUCCAGCAGCAUUCAAAAAUGUAAUAUACUUUUUUGUAUAAACACAUUCUUUGAAAAAGAAUAUCUUUGCAACGGGUGGAGGGAGGGAACAGACAGCAGUGGGAGGGGAAAAAAAUUAAUCCUUGUUUCUUUUAAGAAGCCACUUCAGUAGGCUAUUUAAGAUUGUGCUUGUUUAUUGCAUAGAAGUGUUCUAUUUACACAGGUCUGCAAAGGGGACAUGUCCGCAUUAAUUCCUUCAAUGCAAAUAAAAUACCAAACCCGAAACAAUUUUCAAACGCUUUCCUAAGUAAAAGUGGAAAUGGGGUACAGAGAGUCUCUUUGGUAAAUAAUGUAAAUACAUGUCCUUUAAAAAAAAAGAGUGAGUCUGUUAUCUAGGUAUUUUGUGUCAUUUAAUAAAUAAAUAAACAGUUUUGUGUU